AGCACGAGCGGCUUAGCCCCGCACUUCCUGUUUCAUGCUCGGCUGUUGACUGGUAGAAAAGGGAUGAGGUCCAGGGAAGAUAAUAAAACUACCCAAUGAAAACGGAAUAAAAGUUCACUCAAAAUGAGCUGGAUUCCCUUUAAGAUUGGACAACCAAAGAAGCAGAUUGUCUCUAAAACCGUUGAAAGAGACUUCGAGCGAGAAUAUGACAAGCUCCAAAAGCUGGAGGAUCAGACGAAAAAGCUUCACAAGGACAUGAAGAAAAGUACUGAGGCUGAUUUAGCCAUGUCCAAAGCCGCAGUGAAGAUCUCUGCAGACCUGCUGAGUAAUCCACUGUGCGAGCAGGACCAGGCCUUCCUGGAGACUAUAACUGCUUUAGAUACAGCCAUGAGAAGGAUGGACGCAUUCAACCAGGAGAAGGUCAGCCAGAUCCAGAAGACCGUUAUCGAUCCUCUGAAAAAGUACGGUGGCGUCUUCCCCAGCCUCAACAUGGCAGUGAAACGCCGGGAACAGGCCCUGCAGGACUACAAGAGGCUGCAAUCCAAAGUGGAAAAGUAUGAAGAGAAAGAAAAAACCGGGCCCGCUAUGGUCAAACUACAUCAGGCCAGAGAGGAGCUCCGACCGGUCAGAGAAGACUUUGAGGCCAAGAACAAGCAGCUGCUCGACGAGAUGCCCAAGUUCUACCACAGCCGCAUCGACUACUUCCAGCCCAGCUUUGAGGCUCUCAUCAGGGCGCAGGUGGUCUAUUUCACCGAAAUGUACAAGGUCUUCAGCGAGUUAACAGACCAGAUCGACCAGGCAGGGUUAACUGAUGAGCAGAGGGAGAGGGAGACCGAGGCCAAGCUCAGCGAGUUGCGUGCUCUGUCCAUUGUCGCCGAUGACUGAGGGAGGAAAGCCGCAAAAACGGGAAGAGCUCCUUUCAUGCCGCUCUGUGAAUGGAUUGCACUCUUUUCAGGCUCUUUCCUUUGCGCAGAUCAAACGGACAGCGGCGGCAGCCUUAACCUGAUUAUCAGCUUGUUUCCAUGCAGCCUCAUCAACCCCUCAUUCCUCUUGCACUACACUCCCAUGUUUCAUUCUCAGACUCUCUGUAACUCAAAGCAGCUGAAAUGCCACAUUAACGAAGCCAUCAGCCAAGUGCAUCAUUAUAAGCCAAUAUGUUGUUUUUUUUAGUAAAGGAAUCAAACAGUUCUCGUCAGAACUAAUUAACAGGGUUACACUUCUUGGUUUCAGAGAUGUCUAUGAGCAUUUGUUUCUAAAGUAGGAAUUAGCAAGGACAUGUUUUUAUUAGUCACAUUGUCUUUGUUACCAACAAUCUGUGCAACGCAGUUUUUAUCACCCAACUUUGAAAUUGUAAACACUACAAACUGAAUGUUAUUAAUGUACCACAGGUUAUCAGCAAGAAAAUGUAUUUCUGUAUUUUGGCCUUUGAUUAUCUCUGAGUUAAGCUGUGUGCCAUGUUGUGUGAGGGCUUUUUAUUGGGGUUAACAGGAUGAUAAUUGGUCACAUCACCUGUGCUUAAUGUGCCUAUUUUGUCCCGACUGUGGAUGUAACAUAAACACCAACUUGUGUGAAGUGGGACUGUGCCUUUGCAGCGAUGUUGAAAGGUCGACCACUCAGGCUGCCAUUGAAGUCCAAUCGCUGUCCAAAACAAAGGCUGCUGCUCCCUCUAGUGGAAAAUACUUAUCAUGACAUAUUUCCUUUUAUUCACACCAUCCAUUAUUUGUUCUAUUGUUGUAGUCUGUUUGCAAAGCAGCUCACACGUUGUUGGCACUCUAGAAGUCCUUUCACUUUUUUUCUGGCUUUCUUAAGUUUUGGACCAAAUCAUGCUGUCAUUGCACUCCUUUGUUUCCACCUUUAUCAGGUACUGCAUCAGUAUGAUGAACAGACUGGUUAAUGGGGCUAAAUGGUAAUGUAGACACACUGAUCGCUCCUAUAUCAUGUAAAUGGGAUUUUUGAGAAGACCAUUUAUUCUCUGACAGACACAUUUGAUUGACUGUCUUUGUGUUCUGCAACGCAGACUGUUUGAGUUACAUGUCAACUGCAUUAAUGAAGGUGUUUUUCUAUAAUAAUUAAUGAAGUUCAGUUGUAGUAGUUUUUUUUUUUUUUUUAAUUAACUAAGUGCAUACUUUAACAUUAGAGUUGGUUUUAUUUAGGGUUUUGAAUGUAUCAAUACAAUCUGUGAUAUGACAAUGUCAUCAGCUGUCAUUGCAAUUUAUAAUCAGUCAUGUAAUAAAUUAACUGUGAUAACAGCGA